AUGCUGUCAUCAACUCUUAGUGGCAACUAUGGCUUCCCUCUCUGCAUCUCUGGGAUCGCUCACCAAUCAUCUCUCUUCAAAGAAAUGGCAGAUCAUGACAAGAGAAGGAAGGGGCUGAAGAAGAGAAGGAGAUCAGAGGGUAAAGACGAGUGCAGGAGAUCAGGAGGUGAAGAAGAGAUGACUGUGGAGAGAUUGGAUGAGCUAUGGGUUCAAGAGAUGAGAGAGAGUCAAGAUGUUAGAGAUCUUGUUGCUUUGUUCCAAGAUCUAGGCUCGUGGAACUUUUCUUCUAACACCGCUAAAGCUGCUUAG